AUGGUGCUGAAAGAGGAGAGUCAAGAACAGAAUGAAAUGGAAGAGAAAAAACAGUAUGAGAAACGUCAUGAUUUCAUGACUGGAGAAAAAUCCACAAAGACUGAAAAUACUUUCUCACAAAAAAGAGGCCAUAAGACCAAAUCCAAGAGUUAUUUCACCUGCAGUCAGUGUGGAAAGAGUUUCAAUCAGAAACAUUACCUUGAUGUCCACAUGAGAGUUCACACUGGAGAGAGACCUUUUACCUGCCAAGAUUGUGGAAAGAGUUUCUCUCAAAAAGGAAACCUUAAAAAACACAUAAGCAUUCACACUGGAGAGAAGCCGUUCACCUGUCAAGAGUGUGGAAAGAGCUUCACUGUAGAACUAACCCUUAAGUAUCACAUGAGAGUUCACACUGGAGAAAACUCUUUCACCUGCCAAGAAUGUGGAAAAAGUUUCUCUCAAAAACUAAGCCUUAAAUUCCACAUGAGAAUUCACACUGGAGAGAAACCUUACAACUGUCAACAGUGUGGAAAGAGUUUUACACAGAAAAACACCCUUAAUUACCACACAAAUAUUCCCAUUGGAGAGAGAUCUUUCACCUGCCAACCGUGUGGAAAAAGGUUCAUACACAAACAUAGCCUUGAAGUCCACAAGAGAAUUCACACUGGAGAGAAACCUUACACUUGCACUCAGUGCGGAAAGCGUUUCACACAUAGAAACACCUUUAAUUACCACAUGCGCAGUCACACUGGAGAGAAGCUGUUCUCAUGUGAUCAGUGUGGAAAGAGCUUCACAACAGAAGUAAACCUUAGGUAUCACUUGAACAUCCACGCUGGAGAGAAGCUGUUCUCAUGUGAUGAGUGUGGAAAGAGCUUCACAACAGAAGUAAACCUUAGGUAUCACUUGAACAUCCACGCUGGAGAGAAGCUGUUCUCAUGUGAUGAGUGUGGAAAGAGCUUCACAACAGAAGUAAACCUUAGGUAUCACUUGAACAUCCACGCUGGAGAGAAGCCGUUCAAAUGUGAUGAGUGUGGAAAGAGGUUCACACGUAAAAUAAGCCUUAAUAACCACAUGAGGAAUCACUCAGGAGAGAGAUGCUUUAUAUGUCAUCAGUGUGGAAAGCGUUUCAGUCAUAAAAGUAGCUUCGACACUCACAUGAGACUUCACACUGGAGAGAAGCCAUACACCUGUAAACUGUGUGGGAAGAGCUUCUCACAAAUAGAAAAUCUUAAGAUUCACCUGAGAAUUUGCACAGAAGAGAAGCCAUUCAUAUGUGUGGAAAAUGAUUAA